GGACUUCUUGACUGUUCCAUGUGUCGGAUUUUGGUGUGAAAUAUAUUGACGUUAUAGUCAGGCUAAUAUUGUGUUCUUGAUCUGAGUUCUGUUGAAGUCCUGUAGAAUAGACACUGGGUGGGAAUCUAGUGUAGAUAUUCGUCUAAGAUAAAUUAACGUCCCACAUACGUGUAAGAAGUAAAAGGACUGUUAUAACCAGAAACCCCUAAGGUUAUAACCAGCAUCCUCUCUCUCUCUACGUUUAUAACAAUUGGCGACGGCAUACAUACGUUUAUAACAUUGGCGACGGUGAUUAAAACGGAUCUACGCUUACGUAUUCAGUUAAAGUGAAUUUUGUAUCAAGAAAAUGGAUGAUCUGAAAACCUUAUUGCAACAGCAAAAUACUCUUAUCGAACUAUUAGUCAAAAAUAUGUCGAUAUCCUCAAGAACUGAUGUGUCUAAUUCCACUAUGACUCCGGAUUCUAUUGCAAAUUCAAUAACUGAAUUUAGAUUUGAUCCAGAAAGUGGAGUUACUUUUGAGGCGUGGUUUAAACGCCAUGAGGAUUUAUUUAUUAAUGAAUGUAAAGAGUGGGACGAAAGUUCGAGAUUGAGAUUAUUAUUACGAAAGCUCGGAGUGUCCGAACAUGAAAAAUUCUGUAAUUUUAUCCUCCCAAAGAAGUCAUCCGACAUAACGUUCAAAGAAACAGUUGAAUGCCUGACUCGUAUAUUUGGUGAACGGUCAUCAAUUUUUCACACUAGAUACCAGUGUCUUCAACUUGUAAAGAAAGUACAGGACGAUUACGUAACGUAUGCAAGUAUCGUGAACCGGGAAUGUGAGCGGUUCCGAUUACAGGAAAUGUCCUCAGAUCAAUUCAAGUGCCUUAUUUUUGUAUGUGGAUUACAAUCUUCAGUAGAUGCAGAUAUUAGAGCACGGAUUCUAUUGAGAAUCGAACAAGAUCCUAAUAUCAGUCUACAAUCAGUAUCUGAAGAGUGUCAAAGAAUGAUUAAUUUGAAGCAUGACACGAAACUCGUAGAAAGGAACAGUGAACACGUUGGAGUUAAUGCUUUACGUAAAUCUUUUAAAGGAAAUAAAGAUUCGAACUCCCAGAAAAUCCGGAAUCAAGUGAAACACAAAACGUCAUGUUGGCGAUGUGGUAAGUGUCAUUCUGCCAAUGUUUGCUAUUUUAAAAAACGAGUAUGCUUUCAAUGUGGUAAAUAUGGUCAUGCUCAAGUAUGUUGUAAAAGUAAACCAAAGGUUUCUGACCGUGAGCAUAAGUUCCGUAAACGAAAUAAGAUGCAGACUUCAAAAUCAAUGCCGCAUAACUCAAAUGUUGUUCUGGCUACAAAAAGUGAGCAUUUCUCCUCUAAAAGGAAGUAUGUAACCAUUUUUUUCGAUGGCAAACCGGUCAAACUACAAGUCGAUACUGGGUCUGAUAUAACAUUAAUUUCUAGAGAAACUUGGAUUAAAAUUGGUCGACCCCGAUAUCAACCUACAUGUCAUAAUGCUAAGAGUGCGUCAGGAACUAAUAUUACUCUUCUUGGAGUAAUACAGCUACCUCUCACGUUUGGUGAAAAGACUAUGACCGGGAAAUGUUACGUAUCCGGGAACUGUCAUACCAAUCUAUUAGGUAUUGAUUGGAUUGAUAAAUUUGGGUUGUGGGAUUUACCGUUGAAUGUGCCGAAAGCAGAAUCCCAGUCAUGGCCAGAAACGAAAAAACCUUGGAUCCGACUACAUGUUGAUUAUGCUGGACCAAUAAGUGGACAAUAUUUUUUGGUGGUGGUUGAUUCAUACUCAAAGUGGCCUGAAAUUUAUGUGGUACGAAGACCAUCUACGUCUGAAACACUGCUACAUCUGAGACAAUUAUUUGGUAGGUUUGGUACACCUAAUGUUUUGGUUUCAGAUAACGGGACGCAGUUCACGUCGUUAGAGUUUGCGGAGUUCUGUAAACAGAAUGGAAUCGAACACGUUAGAACUCCACCGUAUCACCCUAAGUCGAACGGGCAGGCAGAGAAAUUCGUUGAUAUUCUUAAACGAGCUCUCUUAAAGAUGGGAGGAGAAGGCAACGUAGAAGAGGCUCUGCAACAAUUUCUCAUUUCUUAUAGAAUUACGCCAAGUCCAAACUGUCAAGAUGGGAAAUCUCCAGCCGAAAUAAUGUUUGGCCGACCGAUUAGAACAUUUUUUGAUGUUUUGAACCCGAAAGACAGAAUCAGUGGACUACAAAAAAAUAACAAAGGGAAUUGCCUGAAAAUUCGAGAAUUCAAAGUAGGUGACUCAGUCUAUGCACGGGAUUUCCGGCCUGGCAAGCCAAAAUGGAUAUUUGGGUUUAUAAAAAAACGACGUGGUACAGUAUUAUAUGAAGUGAUGGUCGAAAAUACACUAAUUAUUAGACAUGUAAAUCAACUGCGAGAUAGAAAAUGUGUUUAUGAGUCAUCUAAACUCAAACCAUUACCAAUGGAAGUGUUAUGUGAUACGUUUGAUAUUCCACCACCACCACCACAAGUUGAAACGAGAAAAAAUGAUCUAGAAUCAGAAGUUAGACGAAGGUCAUUCAGGAAACGGAAACAAACGAAAUUUUUUCAAAUAGACCCUAAAAUGAAAUCAUACGAUCAAACUUCGCGAGGGAGGUGAUGUGUGGGCGAGAAUGUCAAUGAUUGGUUGUCUCGAUGAGUCAGACAUUAGAGGGGAUGACAGGUGUUAUGUGUUAUAUAUAUAUUUCCCUAUCCUUAUUAUGUAUGGACUUCUUGACUGUUCCAUGUGUCGGAUUUUGGUGUGAAAUAUAUUGACGUUAUAGUCAGGCUAAUAUUGUGUUCUUGAUCUGAGUUCUGUUGAAGUCCUGUAGAAUAGACACUGGGUGGGAAUCUAGUGUAGAUAUUCGUCUAAGAUAAAUUAACGUCCCACAUACGUGUAAGAAGUAAAAGGACUGUUAUAACCAGAAACCCCUAAGGUUAUAACCAGCAUCCUCUCUCUCUCUACGUUUAUAACAAUUGGCGACGGCAUACAUACGUUUAUAACAUUGGCGACGGUGAUUAAAACGGAUCUACGCUUACGUAUUCAGUUAAAGUGAAUUUUGUAUCAAGAAAAUGGAUGAUCUGAAAACCUUAUUGCAACAGCAAAAUACUCUUAUCGAACUAUUAGUCAAAAAUAUGUCGAUAUCCUCAAGAACUGAUGUGUCUAAUUCCACUAUGACUCCGGAUUCUAUUGCAAAUUCAAUAACUGAAUUUAGAUUUGAUCCAGAAAGUGGAGUUACUUUUGAGGCGUGGUUUAAACGCCAUGAGGAUUUAUUUAUUAAUGAAUGUAAAGAGUGGGACGAAAGUUCGAGAUUGAGAUUAUUAUUACGAAAGCUCGGAGUGUCCGAACAUGAAAAAUUCUGUAAUUUUAUCCUCCCAAAGAAGUCAUCCGACAUAACGUUCAAAGAAACAGUUGAAUGCCUGACUCGUAUAUUUGGUGAACGGUCAUCAAUUUUUCACACUAGAUACCAGUGUCUUCAACUUGUAAAGAAAGUACAGGACGAUUACGUAACGUAUGCAAGUAUCGUGAACCGGGAAUGUGAGCGGUUCCGAUUACAGGAAAUGUCCUCAGAUCAAUUCAAGUGCCUUAUUUUUGUAUGUGGAUUACAAUCUUCAGUAGAUGCAGAUAUUAGAGCACGGAUUCUAAUGAGAAUCGAACAAGAUCCUAAUAUCAGUCUACAAUCAGUAUCUGAAGAGUGUCAAAGAAUGAUUAAUUUGAAGCAUGACACGAAACUCGUAGAAAGGAACAGUGAACACGUUGGAGUUAAUGCUUUACGUAAAUCUUUUAAAGGAAAUAAAGAUUCGAACUCCCAGAAAAUCCGGAAUCAAGUGAAACACAAAACGUCAUGUUGGCGAUGUGGUAAGUGUCAUUCUGCCAAUGUUUGCUAUUUUAAAAAACGAGUAUGCUUUCAAUGUGGUAAAUAUGGUCAUGCUCAAGUAUGUUGUAAAAGUAAACCAAAGGUUUCUGACCGUGAGCAUAAGUUCCGUAAACGAAAUAAGAUGCAGACUUCAAAAUCAAUGCCGCAUAACUCAAAUGUUGUUCUGGCUACAAAAAGUGAGCAUUUCUCCUCUAAAAGGAAGUAUGUAACCAUUUUUUUCGAUGGCAAACCGGUCAAACUACAAGUCGAUACUGGGUCUGAUAUAACAUUAAUUUCUAGAGAAACUUGGAUUAAAAUUGGUCGACCCCGAUAUCAACCUACAUGUCAUAAUGCUAAGAGUGCGUCAGGAACUAAUAUUACUCUUCUUGGAGUAAUACAGCUACCUCUCACGUUUGGUGAAAAGACUAUGACCGGGAAAUGUUACGUAUCCGGGAACUGUCAUACCAAUCUAUUAGGUAUUGAUUGGAUUGAUAAAUUUGGGUUGUGGGAUUUACCGUUGAAUGUGCCGAAAGCAGAAUCCCAGUCAUGGCCAGAAACGAAAAAACCUUGGAUCCGACUACAUGUUGAUUAUGCUGGACCAAUAAGUGGACAAUAUUUUUUGGUGGUGGUUGAUUCAUACUCAAAGUGGCCUGAAAUUUAUGUGGUACGAAGACCAUCUACGUCUGAAACACUGCUACAUCUGAGACAAUUAUUUGGUAGGUUUGGUACACCUAAUGUUUUGGUUUCAGAUAACGGGACGCAGUUCACGUCGUUAGAGUUUGCGGAGUUCUGUAAACAGAAUGGAAUCGAACACGUUAGAACUCCACCGUAUCACCCUAAGUCGAACGGGCAGGCAGAGAAAUUCGUUGAUAUUCUUAAACGAGCUCUCUUAAAGAUGGGAGGAGAAGGCAACGUAGAAGAGGCUCUGCAACAAUUUCUCAUUUCUUAUAGAAUUACGCCAAGUCCAAACUGUCAAGAUGGGAAAUCUCCAGCCGAAAUAAUGUUUGGCCGACCGAUUAGAACAUUUUUUGAUGUUUUGAACCCGAAAGACAGAAUCAGUGGACUACAAAAAAAUAACAAAGGGAAUUGCCUGAAAAUUCGAGAAUUCAAAGUAGGUGACUCAGUCUAUGCACGGGAUUUCCGGCCUGGCAAGCCAAAAUGGAUAUUUGGGUUUAUAAAAAAACGACGUGGUACAGUAUUAUAUGAAGUGAUGGUCGAAAAUACACUAAUUAUUAGACAUGUAAAUCAACUGCGAGAUAGAAAAUGUGUUUAUGAGUCAUCUAAACUCAAACCAUUACCAAUGGAAGUGUUAUGUGAUACGUUUGAUAUUCCACCACCACCACCACAAGUUGAAACGAGAAAAAAUGAUCUAGAAUCAGAAGUUAGACGAAGGUCAUUCAGGAAACGGAAACAAACGAAAUUUUUUCAAAUAGACCCUAAAAUGAAAUCAUACGAUCAAACUUCGCGAGGGAGGUGAUGUGUGGGCGAGAAUGUCAAUGAUUGGUUGUCUCGAUGAGUCAGACAUUAGAGGGGAUGACAGGUGUUAUGUGUUAUAUAUAUAUUUCCCUAUCCUUAUUAUGUAUGGACUUCUUGACUGUUCCAUGUGUCGGAUUUUGGUGUGAAAUAUAUUGACGUUAUAGUCAGGCU